AGUGGAUUGGUAGUUCUCUGGCCAAAGAUAGAUAACCUUCCAACCUGCAAGCCGAAAUACACCGUUCUUUUCCUUUCUGAUCUUUCCCUCACCUAGGCGUCCAUCUUCUUUGAAUUCUUCUGGCACCAACUCUUCUAUUUCCCCCUUCCUCAUCUCUCUCUCUCUCUCUCUCUAUCUAUCUAUCUAUCUAUCUAUCUUCUAUCUCUCGUUGACCAGGCCAUGGACGUAGACCUCCUUAACUCUUCCCCAGAGACUCAACUGGAUUGGAUGAACACAAUGAUCCAAAUCGAGGAAUUUGCUGAAUUCUCGGAGGUACCACCAUCCACCGAGUUCCCUGCUGUUCCCUCGCCUGAAUUCAACAAUUCUCCAACCACCCCAAAUUCUCCCAUGGUGGCUGCUGGUCCCCAACCAGCUGCCAUGCCUUUCGUUGGUACCACCACCCAACACCCACUCAUUACACCCAUCUUGUCCACCAACCCCACACUGAACACUGACCUUUGGCCAUUAUCCCUCGGCCAGCAGCCUGGCUCCGUGGCGGCGAUGCGGGAGAUGAUAUUCCGCAUUGCCGCAAUGCAGCCCAUCCACAUCGACCCGGAGUCGGUGAAGCCACCCAAGCGGCGGAAUGUUAAGAUCUCCAAAGAACCCCAGAGCGUGGCGGCGCGGCUUCGGAGAGAGCGGAUAAGCGAGAGGAUGCGAAUACUUCAGCGGCUCGUCCCCGGUGGGACGAAGAUGGACACGGCUUCCAUGCUGGACGAGGCAAUCCACUAUGUCAAAUUCCUGAAGACCCAGGUGCGGUCACUGGAGCAGGCGGCUGACAGCCGGAGGAGCAUGGGGGCCGUUUCGCCGUCCUCUGCCUUAGGAUUCCCAUCCAGUGGAAAUUACUCAAGCGUCAGAAUGGCACAUCAGCUGCCAGAUCAAGGGUUCAUGAACUAUGGUUAUAUGAAUUCCAACCAUAUAUGCUGAGUUGAAGUGCAGUAGAGAAAAUAUAUACAGCAGAGGUCAGGUGGGUUUGUGAAGUAAUGAAAUUUUUAAGUGCUUCAAAUUAAUAGAAUUUCUGCCUUGUUCUCUUUUUGUUUUUGUUACAUGUAUAGCACUUAUGAUUAGAAUGGUUAAUUAUCAGUUGUUUAUAUAAAGCUUAUCAUUCUUACCCUCUUUUCUA